AUGGAAUCAGAACGUCUCAAUUGGUUGCGAAAAAAUCAAUCCAAGUUAAGGGUCAGAAAAUACAAUAAUUUGCAACGAAGGUGUGAGCAAGGAGACCAGAAUCCAGGUAACAAACAAGGUAAACGUGUUGUUCUACCAUCUUCUUUUGUGGGUAGCAAACGAUACAUGGAUCAACUUUACUUCGACGGUAUGGCAAUUUCAAGCAGAUUGGGGUUCCCAGAUUUGUUUAUCACCUUCACAUGCAACCCAAAUUGGCCUGAGAUUACACGGUUGCUGUCCCCGAAAAAUUUAAAACCUCAUGAUAGGCCUGACAUUGUUGCCAAAGUUUUCAACAUCAAGUUUAAAGAGCUUAUGGUUGAUUUAACAAAAAAACGUAUUCUUGGGAAAGUUUUGGCAUUUAUGUAUACAAUUGAGUUUCAAAAGCGAGGCUUACCCCAUGCCCACAUUUUGAUCUUCUUGCACCCCCAAAGCAAGUAUCCAACACCGUCCGACAUUGAUAACAUCAUUUGUGCCGAGAUUCCUGAUCCUGCACUUCAUCCUGCUUUAUACGCAUUGGUAAAAUCACAUAUGAUACAUGGACCGUGCGGUCUUUCGCGGCCUAAUUCACAAUGUAUGAGAAAUCAGCAAUGUUCUAAAUAUUAUCCAAAAAAUUUCAUCGAAGAUACAGUUUUUAAUGCUGAAGGUUAUCCAUUAUAUAGAACAAGAUCCAACACCCAUGUAAUUACAAAAAAUAAUAUUAGGUUGGAUAAUAGAAAUGUGGUCCCCUAUAACACUCGGUUAUUGUUGAAAUAUCAAGCACAUAUUAAUAUGGAAUGGUGUAACCAAUGCACUUCUAUCAAGUAUCUAUUCAAAUACGUUCACAAAGGAUAUGACAGAAUCGGUGCAAGUGUGGUUGCUUCUAAGUUAAACACCGGACUACAGCAUGAAUGUGUAGAUGAGAUCAAACAAUAUCUCGAUUGUAGGUAUGUUUCUCCGAGUGAGGCGUGUUGGCGAAUAGUUUCAUACAAGGUUCAUGGGAGGAAACCUGCUGUUGAGCGAAUGUUUUUCCAUCUCAUUGGUGAAAAGGCUGUCUAUUAUAAAGAUUGUGAACAAAUGGAGCAUGUCUUAGAGAGUGCAAGCGUAACAGAAUCUAUGUUCACGUCUUGGCUGGUAGCAAAUGCAACAUAUGAGGAAGCCCAGUCAUUAACAUACGGUGAAUUUGUUACAAAGUUUGUUUAUGUUAAGAGAAACAGAUUGUGGAAGCCACGAAAAAUAGGGUUCACUAUCGGACGUUUGGUGUGGGUUCCACCGACAACCGGGGAACUUUUCUAUUUGCGAAUGAUGUUGACGGUGGCUAAGGGACCAACUUGCUAUGAAGAUAUCAGGAAGGUCGGUGAAACACAAUAUGACACCUUUCGAGAAGCAUGCUUUGCAAUGGGAUUCUUAGAUGAUGAUCGAGAAUACAUAUGUGCGUUAAAGGAGGCAAGUGCUUGGGGGACAUGUCAUUAUCUUAGAAAGCUGUUUGUUGUUAUGCUCCUAUCAGGUGCUGUAAACCGUCCUGCCCAUGUAUGGAAAGAAUCAUGGAUUAUAUUGUCCGAUGGUCUCUUGUACGAGCAAAAACUAAUUGCCAACGAUCCAGAUUUAACAUUACCGGAUGACGCAAUCCAGCAGCUGACAUUGAUAGAGAACGAAAAAAUGCUGCAACUGAACCAUCGUACCCUACAUGAUUUCAAGCCCAUUCCUUAUCCGAAUGACUAUGUUAUUCAACAACUGGGAAACCGGCUUAUAUACGAUGAAAGACAGUACAAUAUCCAGGACAUGAAGGCGGAAUUUGAUAACCUAUUCAAAUGUCUCACUGAUGAACAGAGGAAGAUUUACGACCAAAUCAUGGAUGCCGUUAACAAACAACAAGGUGGUGUCUUCUUCCUGCACGGUUAUGGCGGAACCGGUAAGACAUAUAUGUGGAGAACACUUGCAAGUGCAUUGAGAUUUAAGCAUGAGAUUUGUCUUACUGUUGCAACAAGUGGGAUAGCAUCUCUUUUGUUGCCAGGGGGUCGUACAGCUCAUUCAAAGUUCAAGUUGCCAGUUCCAUGUCUCGAGAACUCAACUUGCAAAAUUAAUUUCAAUGACCCUAGCGCUGGUCUUCUAAGGGAGGCAAAGCUAAUUAUAUGGGACGAGGCACCAAUGGCACACAAAUAUUAUUUUGAAACGCUGGACAGAACUUUGAAGGAUGUCAGGAGUAAUUACGGUAACUCCGAAACUAUUUUCGGAGGGAAGGUUGUGAUUUUUGGUGGGGAUUUUCGUCAGAUAUUACCCAUUGUACCCGGAGGAAGCCGUUCUGACAUUGUCCAUUCAGCAAUUAACGCUUCUUACAUUUGGCAUUAUGUUAAAGUCUUGAAUUUGACAAAAAACAUGCGUCUAUCCUCCGGAUCAACUGAAGAAGAUAAAAAGGAAAUUGCGGAUUUUUCAGAUUGGCUUUUAAAGAUAGGAGAGGGAAGAAUUUCAGAACCUAACGACGGUUAUGCUAACAUUGACAUCCCGCCCGAACUGUUAAUUACAGACUUCGAUGACCCUAUUCUAGCCAUCGUGGAGAGUACAUAUCCUGAUUUCUUAAAUUGUUACCAAUCGUGUGAUUAUCUAAAAAAUAGGGCCAUUCUUGCUUCCACUUUGGACAUUGUUGACAAUAUCAAUGACCAUAUCCUUGCGAUGAUACCAGGGGAAAUAAGAGAUUACUACAUCUCUAACUCAGUUGAUCGAUCAGAAAUCCAUGACAGCAACAUUCUUCAGGUGCUUAGCCCAGAAUUCCUCAGCUCUUUAAGAACUUCUGGCCUACCCAACCAUCACUUAAAGUUAAAGGUUGGAACACCAAUCAUGCUUAUGCGAAACAUUGAUCAAUCCCAAGGUCAAUGUAAUGGGACAAGGCUUAUAGUAACUAAUAUGGCUGCUCAUGUGCUUGAGGCCAAGUUGAUGGGUGAUAACAAUAAUGGGAAGGUUAUAUAUAUCCCGCGAAUGGAUAUGUCCCCGUCUCAAUCUCCUUGGCCAUUCAAGUUAUCGAGACGUCAAUUUCCGGUUAUUGUAGCCUACGCCAUGACCAUUAACAAAUCACAAGGCCAAUCGUUGGAUUGGGUUGGACUCUAUAUACCUCGGGAUGUUUUCACACAUGGACAAAUUUAUGUUGCCGUUUCACGAGUUACAACUAAAAAAGGUAUCAAGAUAUUGAUACAUGAUGAUAAAAACAUUCCAAAGCUUUCAACAUGUAAUGUUGUAUAUAAGGAAGUUUUUAACAACAUUUAG